AUGGCCAGUACGCUGGAGAGGUAUCAAAGAUGCAGUUAUGGUGCAAGCCGACCCGCCAAGGAUUCACAGAGCAUCUACCAGGAGUAUUUAAACCUCAAAGCAGAAGUUGAGGCCCUGCAACAAUCUCAAAGGCAUUUUCUUGGGGAAGAUUUGGGGCAAUUAAGCACAAAGGAGCUCGAGCAUCUUGAGCGUCAACUCGACUCAUCCUUGAACACAAUUAGAUCCACCAGGACCCAAUAUAUGCUUGAUCAACUAUCUGAUCUUCAACAGAAGGAACAAACACUAUUGGAAGUCAACAAUGGCUUAAGGAGCAAGUUGGAAGAAUGUACUGCAUCCCUUCAACCAUCAUGGGAAGCUGGGGGGAACAAUAUGGAGUACAGACUCCAGCCUUCUCAGCCAGAUUUAUUUUUUGAACCUCUGGAUUGCAAUCAUACAUUGCAGAUUGGUUACAAUCCCAUGGCAUCGGCUCAGCUGAACAUUGCAACAUCGACACAAAACACAAAUGGAAUUGUUCCAGGAUGGAUGCUUUGA